AUGCGUGGGGAGGCGAGUGCGGGGCCAUGCGAGCCCCGCCCCCCCCCUGGGCGCGGCGCCCUCUUUACAAAGCCCAGGGCUGGUGGAGGUCCUGCGGCGGGGACUUCAGUCGCUCGUGGGCGCUCCGCCCCGGGCAGGCCGCGCUCCAGGAAUGGCCUGGCCUCCCAGGGCGGGCACGGAGCAGUGACCUCGGGGCCUACGCACAGAGCUCUGCUUUCCAGAGAUACCAACUUCCUCCAGGAGAGUAACCACAGACAGGAAGCUACCCCUACAGGGACUAAACUUAAAGCCCAAUCUCAGGGCUUGGUCACAUUUGGGGAUGUGGCUAUUGUUUUCUCCCAGGAGGAGUGGGAAUGGCUCAGCUCCGAGCAGAGGAGUCUGUAUUGGAAGGUGAUGCUGGACAACUACAGGAACCUGGAGUCAGUGGGGCUUUGUGCUUCGAAGCCAGAUAUGAUCACCUUGUUGGAGCAAGGGAAAGAUCCCUGGAUGAUGAAAAGAAAGACGACAAGAGGCCAUUGCCCAGACUUAAUGGCUUUGCAGGAGACAAAGGCAUUCCCUCCAGAGGUCUUAAGUGAAGAAAAGUUAUCCCAGGCAGUAUGGAGAAACCAGCCCCUGCCCUGCAGACCCAAGUGCUCUGUGUUAGGGGAAAACUGGGGUGAAGAUACUGUGUUCCAGACACCAAGGGGCUUGAAGACCAUCACAGAUACGGCUAGAGACAGCUCUCCACAGCUUGCGUCAGCUCCAAAGAGUUUCUGCAAGAAUGUGACAUGGGAAAACUGUGAUGACCUGGGGUCCUUAGGACACCAUGUUUCCAAAGCAGAUUUUGUCUCUUUGCUGGGGCAAGAGAAGAUGCCCUCUGUGGUGCAAAGAAAACUGGCACCAGGCUUGUUCUCAGGCCAGCAGUCUGUACGUGAGGCCCAGGAUCUGUUUCCAAAGCAAGACUCAGAUGCUGAAGGAUUAACAGACAGACCUUCCAGCACUAAACCUGAGUGUUCCACCUUCAGAGAAGAUUGGGAUUCUGAGUGUGUGUUUGAAAGGAAUGGUCAAGACAUACCGUUUGAGCAAGAGACAGUUACUCAGAACGAAGCCUUCUCAGAAGGGAGAGAUCAUGCGUAUAUCAAAUCUGGAAGAUGGUUUCAUUUGAACAUUUCAGAAGAGAAAAGUCAUAAUUGUGAUUCAGGUAAAAGUUUUUCUCAAAAUUCAGUGGUCGUAAAGGAACCUGGAAUCUAUGCAGGAAAAAAGCUUUUCAAAUGUAAUGAGUGUAAGAAAACUUUCACCCAGAGCUCAUCCCUUACAGUGCACCAGAGAAUUCAUACUGGGGAGAAACCCUACAAAUGCGAAGAGUGUGGAAAGGCUUUCAGCGAUGGCUCCUCUUUCACACGGCACCAGAGGUGCCACACAGGCAAGAAGCCGUACGAGUGCGUCGAGUGUGGAAAAGCUUUCAUACAGAACACCUCCCUUAUUCGUCACUGGAGAUACUAUCACACCGGGGAGAAACCCUUUGAUUGCAUCGACUGUGGUAAAGCCUUCAGUGACCUCAUAGGGCUUAAUCAACAUAGGAGAAUUCACACUGGAGAGAAACCGUAUGAAUGUGACGUGUGUCACAAGUCCUUUCGAUAUGGCUCAUCCCUCACUGUGCACCAAAGGGUUCAUACUGGAGAAAAACCAUAUGAGUGUGACAUUUGCAGGAAAGCCUUCAGCCAUCACGCAUCGCUCACUCAGCAUCAAAGGGUGCAUUCUGGAGAAAAGCCCUUUAAGUGCAAGGAAUGUGGGAAAGCUUUUAGGCAGAAUAUACACCUUGCUAGUCAUUUGAGGAUCCAUACGGGGGAAAAGCCCUUUGAGUGUGGGCAAUGUGGGAAAUCCUUCAGCAUCAGCUCACAGCUUGCCACCCAUCAGCGAAUUCACACAGGAGAAAAGCCUUAUGAAUGUGAGGUGUGUAGUAAAGCAUUUACGCAGAAGGCUCACCUUGCACAACACCAGAAAACUCACACGGGAGAGAAACCAUAUGAAUGUAAGGAGUGUGGCAAGGCCUUCAGCCAGACGACUCACCUCAUUCAGCAUCAAAGGGUUCACACCGGGGAGAAGCCCUAUAAGUGUCUGGAGUGUGGGAAGGCCUUUGGUGAUAACUCUUCCUGCACUCAGCACCAGAGGCUUCACACUGGCCAGAGGCCUUAUGAGUGUGUGGAAUGUGGGAAGGCCUUCAAGACCAAGUCGUCCCUUAUCUGUCAUCGUAGAUGUCACACUGGAGAGAAACCUUACGAGUGUAGUGCAUGUGGCAAAGCCUUUAGCCAUCGCCAGUCCCUUAGUGUACAUCAGAGAAUUCAUUCUGGGAAGAAACCAUAUGAAUGUAAGGAAUGUAGGAAAACCUUCAUCCAAAUUGGACACCUUAACCAACAUAAGAGAGUCCACACUGGAGAGAGAACGUAUAACCGCAAGAAGGGCAGGAAGGCCUUCAGGCAGGCUGCACACUUUGCUCACCAUCAGCGAAUUCAUUCUGGAGAGUCACCCGCUCACCCUUCUUUGCCUUCUACAUCCAGUCCGGUGGAUUUCUUCCCCAAAUUUGUCUGGAAUCCAUCCUCACUUUCACCCUCAUAAUCUCAAAAUAUUGCCAUUUCCACUACACUGCUUUGAACAAUCACUUCCUUGUCCCUUUGUUCCCUCUGUCUAUUACAAGACAGUUCUUCAUGUUUCAGUCGGGUUGAAUUAUUUUUGGAAUAUCAGUGUAAUUAAUUUGCUCAUCAAAAACUUAUAUUCAUUGGUUAAUGCCUAAGAUGUGCUUAGCACAGUGCCUGACCCGUACCAAGUAUUAUAAACGUGACUCUUUUAAAAAUUUAUUUUUGAAAAUGGAAAUUUUAUUGUGGUCAGCCCUGAUAAAAAUGGUGCAGUAGAAACCCGGUUUCCGAACAGGAAGGGAGUCCUCUGAGUUGUUGAUGAGGCUUGUUUCUUUUCCUUGAAAGCUUGUUUCUAAGCCACGGGUAUGGUGGGGUUGUCUGUAAUCUUAGUGUUCAUGAAUUCACGGCCAGCCGGAGCAAUUCAGUGAGCCCCUAUCUCUAAAUAAAAAUGGAACAGUUUAUCCCAUACUGCUGAACUACGUGACUGUAGGGUAAUAGAACCUUAGUGAGAAAGCUCUGCUGUAAUACCCAUGACAGUAAAAGGAUAGGUAACAAGUGUGUAGGCCACCCGACACAAAUGAACAAAACAGCUGGAAAAGUGCAAGGUUUUAUAUGUGUGUAGUUAAAACUACCAACAAAUUACUUAAGAGUGGAAAAACUCUGAAGGAUUUGAUCUGUUUAAAGUCACUGGUUUAUGAAUGCAUUCUUGGUAAACGUCCAAUGAAGCAUUCACUCGGGUAAACUGAUCUA